AUGGCUGCCUCCAGACUCACUCUGAUCGCCUUCGCGGCAUUGUCAGCCAAGCUGGCUUUGGCCCAGACUCCAACCAAUCUGGCCCAGCCAUACAACGACUUUGCGUAUGAGGGCUGCUAUAUCGAUGGCAAUACUGAGUUCCGAGCCUUGCCGAACCUUGGCCAAAUCCCUGGUGGCGCCCAAAACAACACUAUCGAGAACUGCAUCGAUUCUUGUGGUGUACUAUAUGAGUAUGCUGGCAUGGAGUUUGGUACUGAGUGCUGGUGUGGUAAUGCGAUCAAUCCUGCAUCUACCGUAGCACCAGGAGGGAAUGCCGAAUGCAUUACUGAGUGCACAGGAGACGAAACUGAGAUUUGUGGUUCCGAAAACAGACUCAGCAUGUACCAUCGCACCAUCCCAGCUCUCUGUGGGGCAAAUCCUGUGCCUUCUGGCACCCUCGCUGGCAGUAACGAUGACAUGGAGAUCUACUGUGGUUUCACAGUCGACAAUGAGGCUAAUACCAAUCUGCAAGUUAUCACCAGCAUCUCCUUCGAACAAUGUGUUCAGGCCUGUGCUACCAACGACGAAUGCGUAGGCUUGUCGUACUUCCCACCUGGAACCACUUGCUACACACAUAGUGGUGUGAGCAGAGCUCCCGCCCCGAAUGCUGAGUACAAUGGUGCCCGCAAGCAGAUUGCUGCUCCUCCAGGAGAUGAGGGUACUACCACCACUACCACCACUACUGAGGCGACGACAACGACUAGCACGACUGAGGAGACAACGACCACUACCACGACUGAGGAGACGACAACUACCACGACGACUGAGGAGACAACGACUACGACUGAAGCAACGACAACGACCACUACCACUAGCACGCUUGACCUUGCCGCAAUCAGUCGAGCCUCGGUUUCCGAAUCACGAGCAUCAGCCAACGCAGCCAUCAGCCUGAGCAGAGCCAGCGUGGCUGCUUCCAAGACCUCAAGCAGAAUUUUGGCAUCCCAGAUUGGCGCAGAGUUCACUGCCUCACGGGAAUCCUUCCGAGCGUCUGUCAGUGCUUCUAAGGCAUCAGCCUCAUUAGCUGCAGCGGAAAGCCGACUCUCUGUAACAUCGUCGAGAGCACUAGCCAGUCAAGUCCGCCUCGAAUCUCAGCUUGCGGUCUCAGCCUCGAAGGAGUCUGCCUCCGCCGCUGUCGCAGCAAGCAAAGCCUCUGUUUCCUUGUCACGAGCAGCAGCCAACUCAGCCAUCUCGGCAUCUCGUCAAUCGGUGCUUGCUUCCAAAGCAGCUUCUGCUGCUUCCGUCAACGCCUCGAAGUCAACCAGCAUCCAGCUUGCAGAGAUCAGCAGGGCUUCCGUCAGCUCCUCACGUACCGCUGCUGCUGUCUCGGUAACAUCCAGUCGAUUGGCAGCAGCCGCCUCCCGCGCAUCUGAAAAUGCUCGUAUUUCGUCUGAGCGAGCUGCUUCUUAUGCCUCCAUCACCUCUUCACGUAAUGCUGCCCUCGCUGCGAAGUUAACCACUACCACUACCGUCACCAGUACCCUCACCACUUCUACUACCACAAGUGCUGCGUUGAGAUUUAUGAGAUACGCCCGUGCUGCUUAG